UGGAGCCGCUCCACCAGCUCGGGCAGCGCCAUCCUCGCCCGCCCUCCCCGCGCCGAGGCUGCCCGCGGAAUGAGCGUCCCCCGGGCGGCUGCCGCUGCCGCCUCCACUCGGGCUCCGGCGGGCGGGCGGAGAGCGCGGCUGCCGGCGCGGUCGCUGCGGCGGGAGCGGAGUGAAUGACCGAGAGGAGCGGCGCGGAGAGGCAGCCCCGGGAUCAGGAUGCGGGCGCCCGCCGGCAUUCUCAACCUCUUGCUGCUGUCCUUGCUGGCCGGCCUCGAUCCCUCCAAGACUCAGAUUAGCCCCAAGGAAGGAUGGCAAGUUUAUAGUUCAGCCCAGGAUCCUGAUGGCCGUUGCAUUUGCACUGUUGUUGCACCUGAACAAAACCUAUGUUCGAGAGAUGCCAAAAGCAGGCAGCUCAGACAGCUACUAGAGAAGGUUCAGAAUAUGUCCCAGUCUAUUGAAGUUUUAAAUCUACGGACUCAGAGGGAUUUCCAGUAUGUUUUAAAAAUGGAAACGCAAAUGAAGGGGCUGAAGGCCAAGUUUCGACAGAUUGAAGAUGAUCGGAAGACAUUAAUGACAAAGCACUUUCAAGAGUUGAAAGAAAAGAUGGAUGAGCUCCUGCCACUGAUCCCAGUUCUGGAACAAUACAAAACUGAUGCCAAGUUGAUCACACAGUUCAAGGAGGAAAUUAGGAAUCUGUCUACUGUGCUCACUGGGAUUCAGGAAGAAAUUGGUGCAUAUGACUAUGAGGAACUACACCAGCGUGUAGUCAAUUUAGAAACCAGGCUUCGUGACUGCAUGAAAAAGCUCACAUGCGGCAAAUUGAUGAAAAUUACCGGCCCCAUUACGGUGAAGAUAUCUGGAACCCGAUUUGGAGCCUGGAUGACAGAUCCAUUGGCAUCAGAGAAAAACAACCGAGUCUGGUACAUGGAUAGUUACACUAACAAUAAAAUUGUCCGUGAAUACAAAUCAAUCGCAGACUUUGUCAGCGGGGCCGAAUCAAGGACAUACAACCUUCCAUUCAAAUGGGCAGGAACCAACCACGUUGUCUACAAUGGCUCCCUCUAUUUCAACAAGUACCAGAGCAACAUCAUCAUCAAGUACAGCUUCGACACGGGGCGGGUGCUGGCACAGCGUAGCCUGGAGUACGCUGGUUUCCACAACGUCUACCCUUACACCUGGGGUGGCUUCUCUGAUAUCGACCUGAUGGCAGAUGAGAUUGGGCUGUGGGCUGUGUAUGCCACCAACCAGAAUGCAGGCAACAUUGUCAUCAGCCAGCUGAACCAGGAUACGCUGGAGGUGCUGAAGAGCUGGAGCACGGGCUACCCAAAGAGAAGUGCUGGAGAAUCCUUCAUGAUCUGUGGCACCUUGUAUGUCACUAACUCGCACUUAACAGGAGCCAAGGUCUACUAUUCCUACUCCACAAAAACCUCCACUUAUGAGUACACAGACAUUCCUUUCCAUAAUCAGUAUUUUCAUAUAUCCAUGCUUGACUACAAUGCGAGAGAUAGAGCUCUCUAUGCCUGGAAUAAUGGACAUCAAGUCCUGUUUAACGUCACCCUUUUCCACAUCAUUAAAACUGAGGAUGACACAUAAUUUUCUUUCCCUUACCUCUCUCCCUCAAAGCAGUCUCAUUUGUGAUUAACUCUAAAAGCAUUCAUCUCUCUCAGUUCCUUUUAAUUUACAUUUCUUUCUUCAUUAAACAAAAGCAACAUUUUCUACUAUGUAAUGCAUUUCAAAUAUGGCUGAACCUGUCAAAAAUGAUCUGUCAGAAAUAAAAAGCAUCUUAACUUAUGAUUCUGCAAGGUCUGUCAAGACCUUGUCUUGAAAAGCACUAAAGAGGAUUGAAAUGGCUAAAGACAGUUUAAAAGAUUAUGAUCUGCCUUAUUUUAGAGUUGAGACUAAUGGUGGCUUAAAUGCAUGAAUGUGUUUUUUUACCUCAUUUUUUUGUUUUAAUAUAUUGCUUAACUUCAGGAAACAUUUUGGUAGUGUCAGACACAUAUUGCACAUUGUAUUUUUUUAUUUAUUCCAAAAGAAAGAUUUAGGAAUUUAAUUUACUUAGACAAGGAUUAUGAUUCAUUUUGCCAUCAUCCAAUUUCAGAUGUGGUGCUGUACAGUAUGUUUUUAAAUCUCUUGCAAACAUUUUAUCAACGGUAUGUAUUUCUACCAUUGUAACCACCAUUGUGCAAUUGUAUCUCUUCACUUAUGUGAAAGUAAACUAAGUACUAUUUUUUAUAAAAUAUAUCAAAGCUUAAUUGCAGUUCUGGCUAUGAGUCAAUUGAAAGUGGUAAAUAUCUGAUAAAAGGUUGUUAUUUCUGAAAAGACCAGAAGCUUCUGAGAUGGCAUGAUUUCUAUUCUCACCUUUGCUUCCUAGAUCCCCUCUUCACCAGCCGUGCUUACUGGCACAUUUGCAACUUUGAAGCUUCAUACCAGUUCCAGCUUCAGAAUUGUUUGCUCUGCCCAGUUUUUAUUUCCUGCUGCUGGCUUCUCUCCCUCAGUCUUUUUCUCCUACUUUCUUCCCUUCCACCAUUUGACUGCCCUUGUUCCUGCUUAUCCCUGCUGUGAGCUUUACAAGGCAGAAGCUGGAAGGGGCUGGUGCCCGCCAGCUGACAGUGGGAGUUCAUCCUGUGCUCGUGCUGCUCUGGGGCACUGAGGAGCAAUGGUAAAAGCCAAGCUGCUCUCCAUCUGCCUGUCGUCUUAUUCAUAAGAGGAGAACAUUUAUCUGUGGACAGAACUCUUCUCUGGGAUGACAGUAAUCACAGAAAAUACACCAGGGAAGGUGCAAAGCCCAGAUGAUGAGUGUGGCCCCUGGUAUUCACCAUAAUUCUUGUUAAGGAACAAUAUCGAGGACAAGCUCUUCCAAAGAGGUUUGGGGCUUGCUACCAGUAGAAUUGCUACACCCCAACUGAUGCCUUCAAGAAACAAAUAUUUCUGAAAGCUGGGGGGGUUGCUGUACUGUCAUAAGACACUGGGGGGCAGGGAGAUGUGUGCAUAAUUGAGAAAAAAGGAAUGAGGUGCUAUAUAUCUCUUUUGGCAAAAAUAGAAAGAAGGUAAUAUUAGCACUAGUCAGACUUUUUUAUUAGCUGAGCUCUAAUACAAUGGGAAAAGACAGGGAUCUAAAAAAUUCUGUGAAAGCUGUGUUCCUCACACUAUCUGAAUUCUAUUUUUUAUAUCCUUUGAAAUUGAAAAGUGAUAUAUUUUAUUUGCUGGUUCUUCUAAUGUACCAGCUGAGACCACCUAAAGUCUCAUUAAUGUUUUUAUUAUUAUAAAUGUAUGUGUCUAUAUAUGUUUACAAGUAUGCUUUAUAAUACAAGCCAACGUGAAGCUGAACAAAUUGCCUUAUUUUGAAUACCAGUUACAAAACAAAAAAAAAUGCCAAUAAGGUUUCAAGAACUGAAAAGAGGCAAACAAAAACAAAAAAAAACACCAAACAAACAAAUUAUGUUACAACAUGACCAGAGAAAAGUUACUUUCUUGCUCCCAUCUCCCUCUCCUGUCUAGAUGAAAUGGUAGCUCAUAUCCCAUACAAGAACUUACACAGAAUUUGGACAGAUUCAGUUCAGCUAAAAAGACAAAUCACUUCUGUCCUGUAAGCAACUUUCUUGUAUUGACAAUGAAACCUCCUCUGUGACAUAUCAAAAUGUGUAUGACUACUCAUUAAAAAAGAUAUUUUACAUCAUA